AGAAUUGUUAAAAUCUUUGUGAAGCACACCACUGAAGAUGCGGUUGAAAAACCUGACUUUUAUCAUCAUAUUGAUAAUCUCAGGAGAACUCUAUGCAGAAGAGAAACCCUGUGGUUUUCCUCAUGUGGAAAAUGGAAGAAUUGCCCAAUAUUACUAUACUUUUAAAAACUUUUACUUUCCAAUGAGCAUAGACAAAAAAUUGUCAUUUUUCUGCUUGGCUGGUUAUACCACCGAAAGUGGAAGACAAGAAGAGCGAACCACGUGUACAACAGAAGGCUGGUCUCCAGAGCCAAGGUGCUUCAAAAAAUGCACUAAGCCUGACCUGAGUAAUGGUUACAUCUCUGAUGUAAAGUUAUUGUAUAAAAUUCAAGAGAACAUGCAUUAUGGUUGCGCUUCAGGGUACAAAACCACUGGAGGGAAGGCUGAAGAAGUGGUUCAAUGUCUCUCUGAUGGAUGGUCUUCUCAACCAACCUGCAGGAAAGAACAUGAAACAUGUUUGGCUCCUGAAUUAUAUAAUGGAAAUUAUUCCACAACACAGAAAACAUUCAAAGUGAAGGACAAAGUACAAUAUGAAUGUGCUACUGGCUACUACACAGCCAGAGGAAAGAAGACAGAGGAGGUAGAAUGUCUCACAUACGGAUGGUCUCUCACACCAAAAUGUACCAAAUUAAAGUGCUCUUCUUUAAGAUUAAUUGAAAAUGGCUAUUUUCAUCCUGUAAAGCAAACCUAUGAAGAAGGAGAUGUCAUUCAGUUUUUCUGUCAUGAAAAUUAUUAUCUAAGUGGAUCUGAUUUAAUUCAAUGCUAUAACUUUGGCUGGUACCCAGAAUCUCCUGUAUGUGAAGGAAGAAGAAACAGAUGUCCUCCUCCACCUCUGCCCAUAAACUCCAAAAUUCAAACACAUGGAACAACUUAUCGUCAUGGAGAAAUAGUUCAUAUAGAAUGUGAACUUAAUUUUGUGAUCCAUGGGUCAGAAGAAAUACGUUGUGAAAAUGGAAAAUGGACAGAACCUCCAAAAUGCAUUGAAGGACAGGAGAGGGUAGCCUGUGAGGAACCACCCUUCAUUGAAAAUGGUGCAGCAAAUUUACACUCUAAGAUUUAUUACAAUGGGGAUAAAGUGACAUACGCAUGUAAAAGCGGCUACCUUCUCCGUGGAUCGAAUGAGGUAACUUGUAAUCAUGGAAAAUGGACAAUUGCUCCUGAGUGUGUUGAAAAUAAUGAGAAUUGUAAGCAUCCUCCUGUUGUAAUGAAUGGGGCUGUUGCCGAUGGGUUACUGGCAAGCUAUGCAGCAGGAUCCUCAGUGGAAUAUAGAUGCAAUGAAUAUUACUUGCUGAGGGGAUCAAAAAUAUCUCGUUGUGAACAAGGAAAAUGGUCAUCCCCACCUGUUUGCUUGGAGCCAUGUACUGUUAAUGUGGAUUACAUGAACAGAAAUAACAUAGAGAUGAAGUGGAAAUACGAAGGGAAAGUCUUACAUGGAGAUUUAAUAGAUUUUGUAUGUAAACAGGGAUAUGACUUAUCUCCAUUAACCCCAUUGUCUGAAUUAUCUGUGCAGUGCAACAGAGGAGAAGUGAAAUAUCCUUUAUGUACUAGAAAAGAAUCUAAAGGAAUGUGCACAUCUCCUCCACUUAUUAAACAUGGAGUCAUUAUCAGUUCAAUAGUAGACACCUAUGAAAAUGGCUCUUCAGUAGAAUACAGAUGUUUUGAUCACCAUUUCCUACAAGGAUCUAGGGAGGCCUAUUGUUUAGAGGGAACGUGGACUACACCACCAUUGUGUUUAGAGCCAUGCACAUUAUCUUUUGCUGAAAUGGAAAAGAAUAAUUUACUUCUGAAAUGGGAUUUUGACAAUAGACCACAUAUUUUGCAUGGUGAAUAUAUUGAGUUCAUUUGUAGAGGAGAUACUUAUCCAGCUGAAUUAUAUAUUACUGGAUCUAUACUUAGAAUGCAAUGUGACAGAGGGCAGUUAAAAUAUCCAAGAUGUAUUCCAAGACAAAGGACUCUGUCUUAUCAAGAACCCUUAAGAACAUAGAAUUGAAUGGCAGAAAGAGGAAUCAUAUUUCAAUAUAUCAUGAAAUUCUUUAUAAAACAUAAUUUUGAGGAAGUAUGUUAAGUUAAAAACUUCUGAGUUUUUCCUUGCUUAAAUAUUUGAAUCUAAAUUGUUUGUGCUGAACAUUUCUUUAUUUAUAAAUAAAAACCAAUAAAUGUUGUUUAAUUUUUAGUUUGUAUGAUUUGAUGUAGAACGUAAUCUCUUUUGUAUGUCUUCCAUCUGUUACAAAUUAAUCUACACAUCAAAAUAUUUUCAUUUCCUAAUGCCCAUUGACUAGACUAUAUCGUUGUUUUCAAUAUACUGUAUGUGUAAAAAUUUUACAUUCACAUUCAUUAUCACCUUUAUUAAUAUUAAGGCUUUUGUUACCCUUAAUUCAAAGUUUAUGUCAAUAUUAAAGGGCCAAACACACUAGAGAUAAGAAACUAUAUGCUGUAUUAGAGGAUCUGCUUUAUUAAAGGCAGAAGAGACUGCCCUUCAGACUUUCUAAAUGUAAAAAAACUUUAAAAAUUAACUGUAAUAUUUGCUACCAGGUUAAUAACCAAAUUGUUUAUAAGGUAGUAUACUACCAUAUUUGGACAUGUGCUCAAAUAUUGUUAAAGAGACACAGUUAAAGAAAGAAUGACUCUUGGAA